AUGCAACACUCGGCUCAGCAACAGCCGACCCUCGAGCAAUGCAGGACAUGCGUUCACUCAACCAGGAUGACAGCUUUGCAGACCAGAUACGAUGUGGAGAUAAACAUGCAACCUGGAUCCCUUUACCAAGCCCACCGGAGGCCCGGCUUCGCAGUCUUCGACAUGGACAGCACGCUCAUACAACAAGAGGUCAUCGACGAGCUAGCCCGAGCAGUAGGACUCUAUGACAAAGUGGCAGCCAUCACGGAAGCGGCAAUGCGUGGCGAAGCGCCCUACACGGACUUUGAGGCUUCUUUGCGCGCCCGAGUGGCCCUGCUCAAGGGUGUUGAGACGUCGAUCUGGGAGCAGCUGAAGGCGCAGACCAUCACUUUCACGCCCGGUGCAAAGGAGCUUGUCCGGGUACUGAAGAAGCUUGGCUGGAAGACUGCGGUGCUAAGCGGAGGCUUCACCCCUCUGGCGAUGUGGGUGAAGGAGACGCUUGGUCUAGACUACGCCCAUGCCAAUCAUCUGGUGUCGGACGACGGCCUCAACAUCCUCACUGGCGAGCUGGUCCCUGGCGCACCAAUUGUUCACGCUCAGCGAAAGCGUGAACUGCUGCUACAGCUUGCGGCAGAGAACAGCAUACCCAUCGAGCGGACCAUUGCGGUCGGUGACGGCAGCAAUGACCUCUUGAUGAUGGGAGCUGCGGGCCUGGGUAUUGCCUUCAACGCAAAACCGAAAGUACAGCAGGCGGCGCCCGUGCGGCUGAACAGCGGGAACUUGCUCGAUGUGAUGCAUAUCCUUGGCUACAGCGCCGAGGAGGUCAAUGCACUGCGUAAGGAGCCUUGA